GAUCGCGGGCGGACGUUUUAUUGGCCGUGUGCUGUGCGAAUUGCGUGCUUCUCCCUGAACUCCUCCGAACUUCCCCCUUGAUUGGCGUGUUCAGUCAGUACAAGAACGGUCUUGGAUGUUUUUUUAUUGUGACUACAUUUCGACGUGCUCUGCUCGGAAAAGGUGUGCGUAUCCAAACACAAAAGAAAGUUGUUGCAAAGAAGAUGCUGCAUCUUGGUGAUAGUGUUUUAUUUCUUGAUAUUUCAAUUCCACUGAUUCGGUAUGUGUGAUUGGUGAUAAUUGCGCUAUUUUGGAUAGAAUUCCGGAAAUCCUGUUGCUGAUGGAGUACUUGAUUAGAGCGAUUUCGGAUUUGUGGAAAGAUAAAUCGAAAGGCCUGCUGCGUUAGGAAUAGUGGAAAGGAAACGAAAAAAAAAUUAGAUAUAGUGCGUGAGUGCGAAAAAGUGAGCACAUUUCGAAGAACAUUGUUUUUCUCAUGUAGUAAUUUUUCUGUGCAGAUCAAUUAUUCUGCACACUUUUUUUUGUAGAGUUGCGACUGCUGUUGUGAAGUUUAAUGUGACCAUAAGCAGUGGAGCACAUAUACCAGUGCAAAUAUUAAUGAAUAUCAACGCAUAGAAGAACGACAUAAAACACGUUAGCGUCAUAUGCGACGACCCACAAGCUUUCAAAUAGCCAUUAAUUCAGUGUGGUGUGGUGAGAAAGCAUAGUACAACAAAUAAAAAAAAAACUUGUUGCGUUCUUCACCUUCGAUUCGUCCCGUAAAUAUCAACAUGUUUACUUGCGCAAAUGGCGUUGGAAUUCUGUCAACGGAUCAUUGAUAAAUCAAGCGGAAUUGAGAACGGGAAAGGUUAUUGAACCGCUCAAUCGUAACGCAACUACGGUGGAAGUGGAAGUAAAAUACUUUUGUCGACGGUAAAAAAUCGGCAACGAACAGAAGAAAACAUACGCGACACACAAGUGACCCUAAACCCGGUCGUCGGAGCCAAUCAAGUUGAGCACAGUUCCGUGAAAUUGGUGCUUUGUUGGGCUCUAGAAUAAACGAGUCGGUCUUGACGGAAGAAAAAAGGGUGUACCGGAAAUCGCUCAGUGAAAACAGUGGGCCCAGAAGGUGGAAUAGAGUUAAACCUCCAAUAUAUAUAAAAAAAAUUACGAAACAUUCGUCUAAACAAGAACCAACGAAAUCCAACAAUCUGGCGCUUUUUUGUGUGCCGGUGAAACAACGUUUGUCUUCUGAUUCUUCGGAUGUGAAUGUAAGUGGUACACCAUCUUUGCAUGUAUCAUAGGACCAGAGCAUCCUCCGUUCAUUACCCGAUCACUAAGAAGACCAAGGAUUCCAACCAUGGGAUGAUGGGAAUGCAAGCGGAGCUCGGUGGUGGACCACCGUUGCAAUCGACACCGUCAAUGAUGGCCACUAACGGUGGUGGUCCCCCAAGUGGAAACCUAAAUCUGCUGUCUGGUCAGGGAGGAGGAGGAGGAGGAAUUCACCAUCACAUCGGUCCACCGCAGCAUCUUCAUCCUUCCCAGUCGCUGUCGGGUCUGCAACAACACCAGCAACAACAACAACAACAAAUGGGCGGAGGACGUUCCGGUGGUACGGCACGGGAACGAGCGAUGCACGCCGUCGAGUACUACAACAGUAAUGUGCUGAGGGCACGGGUCGGUGCUGGGCUUGCUGGACCGCGAAGUUCAGUUCACGACCGGUAUCCUUACAUUCAACGGCAUAACGGUAUGACCGUGGGAGGAAAGCUUGCUCCACCGAAUUCGGAAAAUUUGUACAGAAGUAAUUCGAGUCUGGAGCUGAUCCACGAUCACAGCGGCAAUCACGAUGGGUUACACCCGGGCGGAAGUAAUUUACGUAGGGAAUACGGCAGUCACGGUUCCAUCGACGUGAUCUCGUCGGAUCGACAUCACGCGGGACAAUCGACGGGGGAAAGUUUCCUGGCAAUGUUGGCCGAAUACAGGCCGGCCGUGUUCGGGAUGGAUCACACACAUCAUCACACAGUAGUAGCACAUCACGGACAUCACGACGGUGGACGCAAUGGUGGUGGCGGCGGCGGCGGUGGCGGGAUAUCCUCCGGAGAGGAUAGUUUAGAUCGGGGAAAUGCAAGUCCUAAGUUGAGGAUGAAAUUCAAUCGGCUGUGGUCGUCAUCAUCCGGAGGACAAGCGGGAAAGGCAGGACGUGCUCAACAGACCCAAAGUGCUUCGCUGGAAGAUCCGUCGAUGAGUGCAAAUGUUUCGAUGCUGUCCAAUGUGAGUGCCUCGUCGACUACGACGGUAUCAUCGGCGGACAUUGAAGAACGUCAACGACGAAGAGCGUUUGCUCAUUUCGAUUGUCAGUCGCUUACCGCCAAUUUGGGUUACGCUGCCAAACUGAGGGGACUGUUGCUGGCUAGAAGGCGGAAUACCACAACCGGAGCAUCCGCUGCAGCAACCUACGGGACCCGGUCUUCGACUCCGGACGGCGAAAGUAUAGAUGAAGAUUACGGAGACGGACAGGGUAAUGAACUGUUGGAAAGCUGUCCCUUCUUUCGGAAUGAAGUUGGUGGAGAAGAAGAGCGUGAGGUUAGUUUGACGAGGAUGCAAAGUCCGCUUCCGGUAGGUCAGCAGCGACGGGCAAUCCAUCGACCUCUGCUGGCGUAUGGAGUUUCCGUACUGGAAUGUAGUUCGAGUGAAACACUGUGGAAGGCAAAUACCUGCCCGUACCAGAAAGGUUCGCGUCCGAUCGAACAGAUUGACAACGGUGCCCUGUACUAUCGUCAGUUUUUCUUCGGUCAGGAACAUCAGAAUUGGUUCGGGAUGGAUGAACAGUUGGGACCGGUGGCGAUUUCGAUCAAGAAGGACAAACUGCCGCCAACUACAACGCCCACCCUGACGAUCCACGGAACGGAUGUGACACCGAGCACCAGCCAAACUCAGCAGCAUCUGUACCGGUUGAUUGUACGAACGUCGGAACUGUUGACACUGCGUGGGUCCGUCAUCGAAGAUUCCAUUCCGAAUCCCCGGGGACCGGGUAAACAUGUUAGUACCAAAGAAAUUCUGGAAUACGUUGCGCCAGAAGUACAAAUCAGUUGUUUGAGGUUGGGUGUCAAUACGCCACAGUGCGAACAGCAGCUCCUGAAGCUAGACGAACAGGGUCUGACCAACAAGUACAAGGUCGGUAUUCUCUACUGCCGUGCGGGACAGUCGUCCGAGGAGGACAUGUACAACAACGAAGACGCCGGUCCCGCGUUCAACGAGUUUUUGGACACCAUCGGAAAACGGGUUCGUUUGAAGGGUUUCGAACAUUACAAAGCCGGACUGGACAAUAAAACGGACUCGACGGGAACGCACUCGCUGUAUGCCAGCUAUCAGGACUGUGAAAUUAUGUUCCACGUUUCCACCAUGCUUCCUUUUACGCCAAACAAUCGGCAGCAACUGCUGCGCAAACGUCACAUCGGAAACGAUAUCGUGACGGUUGUUUUCCAGGAACCGGGCGCUCUCCCGUUUACUCCAAAGAACAUACGUAGCCAGUUUCAGCACGUGUUUAUCAUCGUUCGGGCAGUGAAUCCCUGCACCGAUCAUACCCAGUAUCGGGUGUCGGUGUCCCGAUCGAAGGAGGUGCCCGUUUUCGGUCCGCCCGUACGGCCGGGAGCUCUCUAUGCCAAAAGUAAACACUUUGCCGAUUUCCUGCUGUCCAAAGUGAUUAACGCGGAAAAUGCGGCUCACCGUUCGGAGAAAUUUGCUACCAUGGCCACCAGAACGAGACAGGAAUAUCUGAAGGAUCUUACGAGCAACUAUUGCAGUGCCACGCUGGUCGAUACCGGACAGAAGUUUUCGAUUUUCCCGAGUAAGAAACGGGAACGAAGUAAACCGAGAUUUUCCGGAGAUCUAACGCAAAGGGGUGCAUUCUGUUGGCAGGUAGUGCUGCAUGACAGUGGCCAGUCGACGCAUGUCGACUGUUUUCUGGGCAUUUCGGCGGAAACAUUUGUGCUGAUUGAGGAAUGCUCCCGACAGAUCAUCUUCGUAACGCCGUGUAAAGCAAUUUUGGGUUGGUCAACCAGUCAAAAUUCGCUUCGAGUCUAUCACCAUCAAGGCGAAUGUGUGACGCUAAAUAUGCGAGAUUCGGGCGAUCGUGAUGAACAGCUCGAGGUCAUUGAGCGGUUACGUGCCGUAACCAAUGGUUGUGGUGCUUUGGAGCUGGGACUUCGGAGAAAUCCGAUGGGUCAACUGGGUUUCCAUGUGCAACCGGAUGGAGUUGUGACACAGGUGGAAAUUUCCGGACAGGCAUGGACUGCCGGUUUACGCCAGGGCUACCGAUUGGUGGAAAUUUGCAAGGUAGCCGUGGCUACCUUGUCCCACGAUCAGAUGGUCGAUUUGUUGAAAACUUCCGCUCAGGUCACGGUUACGGUGAUAGAAUCAUUUGCGGACUUUAGCCCACGAAGGGGUUGUUCGUUGCAAAACUGUCGCUUUAACUCGAUGAACUACGAAAAUGAGUACGAUAGCGUUCCGGAGCGAACCGAUAAAAAUGGCAAGAAACAUUUGCCGAGUGCUCAGCUGCAGUCGGCAAAUCACCGAAGGAGAUACGAAAGAAAUUUCUCUCCUCCACGAUCGAGCAACAGUUCCGGCUACGGUACGGGAAGUAGUAGCCGAUCAUUCACCGCUCUGAACCAGAACGGUGUUCCACCGUCGAACGAUCAUCGGUACUGUCCGGAUAUGGGAACUCUAACCAGCUCUUCGAGUGGUCACUCUUCCAACGACGAACGUUGGUAUGAUGUUUUAGACCCACAGCAAGAAGCCGCCGCACCGAGUAUGCCUCCUCCAUCGGAACCCAACAUCUAUCAUCACCCAAAGUUAACAUCCUCGAGCAAUUCGCUACCCCUUGCUGGAGUAACUCCCCGUCCUCUGUCACUUCACAAUGACACCACACGCCAACUGGUGAUGAACAAUGCGAACAACAAUGCCAACAUCGCCCUACUCAAACGAUUGAUUAUCAGUGAAAAUAACGGACAUGAAAAUAACGGAGGCGAACCACUGUAUAGUAGUUCCAUGAAAAAUCUUGCCAACACUCAGCACCUGAGUGCCACCGAGGAAGAAGAUCUAUCACGACAUAACUCACCGCAGCUAAAGCGAUCCGCAACGACAACCAACAUAUACGGAAUCAACGGUGGAAAGAAACCACCUACCACCACCACCAAUGGGCCUCCCAGUUCGAGUAGUACCUCCAGUUCCCGGAACAACAGUCCCCGUCCGAACAGUGGAAUCAUCGAUACAAAACUGCGCCAGAAGAGUGCAGCUCCCCAAAGGAACAGUGUCAACUACACGGGUAGUUCCCUGCAAGAGGAUUUAAUGAAGCUAAUCAAUCCGGACUACAUUGCUGCCGCUUCGAGUGACGACAACUUCAAUGGAGGGUCAAUCGAAAAAAUGCAAAAAGGUCACCCGAACAGUCACAGUCUGGGAAACAUUUCGUCGCUGGCCGCGGCCGGUGGACUGAAACCGAUUCAACCGUUAAUCCAGAAAUCACGUUCGCGAGAAGGAAUCAAUUUGGGAUCUUCCAGCAAUUUGAAGCUCUCCAAGCCCAAUGGAAAUGCGAACGGUUCGGUCAAUAUCAACCAUUCCGAACAGGAUCCGGAUGUGCUAUUUACGGCGGCACGUCCGACCACGGUAGUAUCCAGCAGCAACUGUUCCAGUCCAGCCAACGAGCUGAACAACAAUUCCGGCAAACUACUCAUCAACGAGGAUCAUCUGAAAAUGUCACCCAGUCGGAAACAGCAAAUGAUGGCGGCGGCGGCAGUCGCCGGUGGUAUUCUGAAGAACAGUAUGAUGACUAAUGGUGGUGGUAAUGGUUCCGCGGUCAGCAACGGCAAUUCGGCUACCGGUGGAAAGAUUCCCCUGCCUGACAUGAAGGAAAUGGACUGGAGCAGUUUGGUGGACACGGCAACCAAGGCGAUGACACAGCUCACCGAGUCCGCUUCGAAAUCGCACCCGCAAGCGAACGUGUACUACGACGAUAUUAGCCAAGUCCUGAACGGUGUUGUCCAGCAGCAACAGCAACUACAACAGCAGCAACAGCAGCUGCAGCACUUGAAACAACAACAACAGCUGCAACAUGCUCAGAUUGCGACGACACAUCAAAAUGGCGGCGGCGGCAGCAGCAGUAACGGGACGCCGGUCAUAUCGGAUCUAUCCUCCAAUUCCAGCUCGGCCUCACCGGUAUCGAUCGGUAGCGGUGCCAGUGGACAUCAAAUGCAAAACAGUUCCAGCCUUCCGGAAUUGCAGAGCCAAGUGACGCAGCUGUCCGAUCGGGUGCUACGGGAGCAACGUCGCCGACGAUCUCUGGAACACGCUGUCCGGCGGUUGACCGAGGAAAAUCGACGCUUGCAGGACGAAAGUCAAGCCGCCGUUCAACAGCUUCGUCGGUUCACCGAGUGGUUCUUUCAAACCAUCGAUCGGCAAUCAUAAACGAGAACGUGUUUAAAUAGUAGCGUCUUCCAAAGUUUUUUUUUUAUCAGAACCUUACGCGUCGUGUGCACCGGCAAAUAGAUUAUUGACAAUAUUUUUAUUGUGCUUUUGUUUCCUUUUAGAAAACAACAUUCUGUUCACGAAUAAACUGAACUAUAAUCGUUAUCUACUUGAUACUGUUUAGAAAUUUGAAUAAAACUGUAUCAACCAACAAUCAAUGAUAAAAAGUGUAUCUCUUAAGUGACCAAAAAUAUAAUGUUAGUGAUCAAUAAUACGAGAAAACGUAAUCAAAACAAACAAAAUAUAACACCAGUCUUAUUAGAAUUGUUAGGUCGAACGGAAUCGACAUAUUUAUACACUUUUUUAUUAACUUACUGCAAUCGACGGUUGGCAAAUAUUUUCUCUGAAUAAUAUUAUAUACACAUAGCGAAAAACCGUUAAAAGUUAAUUAUAACAUUUAACUUAAAAAAGUACGCGUAUUUGAAAAGGACAAACUGCUGCAAACACAUCAACUCUCAUAAGCAUUGAGCGAACAGAACAGAAACGGAAACAUACCAAAUAAAGUCUUAAAUAGUUUGUGUAAAAUUUGUUGGUUUAAAUUUUACUUUCGUGUUAAUUGUGUAUUAUUACUAUUACUAUUAUUAUUAUUAAUAUUAUUCUUAGUACCGAUACUAUCGUUUUUAAGUCGUUGUUAAACACCAUCGGAGAAAAGUGUUUAUGCUUUAUUUUUCGUGACUAUUGUAUUCUGUAAUGGAUUCCUUAAUCUUUCCGUUAAGCUACUUAAGUGACAAACGAAAUCUGUUAUUCCCCCCCCGCCUUUGUAGUUUUAGUUCGUCUAAAUAGAUAGGCUUAGUUCUAGACUACUUCUAGGCUUAGUACUUGAAGCGGUACGUUCGGUAGGGAACAGGCUAGAGAAAAUUAGCGUGCGCUAUAUUGAAGCAAUGUUACACAAUGUAAGCAAUCAAACACCAAUACAGUUCGUAUGUACACAAAUAGUGCGUAGAAGAGUGCGUUAUUACUAUAGUAUAUUCUAUACAAAUACAAGUACAUACUAAAGCUCGAUCGAAUUCAGAAAUAUAAGAUAAAAUAUGAA